AUGGAAAAAAAUAUUAAGUUACUCUUAUUUAUUAAUGUUGCUUUUUUUACCUUUUUAAUUUGUAUAUGUAAUUUCACCAAUGAUAUGAGUUCAAUUAGCAAAUCAUUAGAUGAUGAAAACUAUAUUGAAAGAAAGUUAAAUGCAAGAAAUUAUAGACUACUUGCAAAAUGUAAGAACAAUAAUGAUUCAAGUAUGAUAGGGUUAAAAUUUUUUCCAUAUAAUGAAGAGAUAGAAAUAAAACACAAGACUGUUGAAGAAUCCUCCAAAGCAAAAAACAAAUAUUCAAAUGGAAGUUCUUCAAAAUAUGCAAAAGACCAUAAACAAAUUGCAACAGAUAAAUCUAAUAUAUUUGAAACAAAAAAAUAUUCUAAUCUUGAAAAAAAAAUAUUCAAAGAACUGGAUUAUUUCGAUUUUCUUGAAAAAAACAGGACAAUUAGUAAUAAGGUAUACCAACAAACUAUAUUUAAAAAAUACAGAUUACGAAUUUUUGCCCCUGUAGCAUUAAUAUUGUUGUUAUCAAUAUAUAUCAUAUUAGAUAUGUAUUUCUUUUAUGGACUUAAAGGGAUGUUGACUCAAAUACUUGUUUCUUGCUUAGGAAAUGGCUGGUAUAAUUCUUUACAUAAUAUUUUGAAAAAUCACAAUUUAAAAUGGUUGUUUGAGUCUACGGAAAAAGUAAAAAAUUAUCUGGGUAAAAUGGAAAGAGGCAAGUUUAAGCCAUUUGAAGAGUACGUUUAUGUAGAGAAUUUUUUUGGUUAUAUAGUAUAUAUUGUACCAUUAAUAAUAUUAGGUAUUACCCUUAUAUUAGGGAUUCUUUACUACCAUAAAAAAGUAAAGAAAUAUCAAAAAUUGAAGUUCAAAAAAAGGUAA